CCAGAUUUGUCACAGGUUGUUUUAAUACUUACGGUUAGUCGGUAAACUUGGGAACAAUUAUUUUCAGGAUUGUUCCCGCGUCGCGUGAAAUGUACGUCAUCGUAACUGAUUCGUCACCGCGGCGUCUGUGGUUAAAGUUGUGUUAACGUCGUUGUGUUGACACUUUAGAAGUCAUGUCGGAGAAAGGUUGACGGUUUUACCGAGUUUUCACGGUUCGUUGUCGUCUCUGCGGACCCGGAAAUGCACCGUCACGUUCUCUCCCUCCUCACGUUGGUCCUCAGCGUCGGCGAAAUCUCUGCAGAUUCCUAUGGGAUUACGGUGGACGCUGGGAAACCGCUGGGAAGUCUGAAGCACUUCUGGAGAAGCACUGGAUUCUGCCCUCCUCUGCCUCACAGCCAGGCCGACCAGUUCGACCUGAGUGUGGACCAACAGCUGAACCUGGCCUACGUGGGCUCCGUUCCAUACGGUGGGAUCCAGCAGGUCAGAAUACACUGGAUGUUGGAGCUGGUCACUGCACAGAACAUCGACGGACGACCUCAGUACGACUUCACCAAACUGGACCAACUGAUAGACCUGCUGACCAUCAACGGACUGAGACCAGGUUUCGAGCUGAUGGGCAGCGUCUCCAACUUCUUCACCGACUUUGAGGAUAAAUCACAGGUGCUGGAGUGGAAGAACCUGGUUUCCUUGGUUGCCCAGAGGUACAUCGGUAAAUACGGGUUAGGCCCAGUUUCUGAGUGGAACUUCGAAACCUGGAAUGAACCCAACAACAAGGACUUCGACAACGUGACGGUGUCCAUCCAAGGUAUCAAGUCAUAUCCCCCGACCCUACUCCCUAAAGGGUUCCUGAACUACUACGAUGCCUGUUCUGAGGGUCUGCGAGACGCCAGCCCUCUCCUCAGGUUCGGGGGUCCUGGAGAUUCCUGUCAUCCACCCCCCCACUCCCCGUACUGCUGGGCCAUGCUGCAGCACUGCUACAAUGGCACCAACUUCUUCACCGGGGAGACCGGCGUUAGGCUGGACUUCAUCGCCCUGCAUAAGAAGGGGGGAGGCUACUCUCUGCCUAUCCUGCAGCAGGAGGUCCAGACUGUGGGGGAGAUCAUGGAGCGUUUCCCGAAGUUUGAUGGAAUCCCCGUCUACAACGACGAGGCCGAUCCUCUGGUGGGCUGGUCCACGCCUCAGGAAUGGAGGACGGACGUGACCUACGCUGCCAUGGUGGUGAAGGUAAUAAACCAGCACCAGGAACUGUUGCUGAGCAACUCCAACACCAGCAUUAACUACACUCUGCUCAGCAACGACAACGCCUUCCUCAGUUACCAUCCUCACCACUUCACUCAGCGGACGCUGACCGCCAGGUUCCAGGUCAACAACACUCGACCCGCUCACGUCCAGCUGAUCAGGAAACCCGUUCUGAACGUCAUGGGCCUGCUGGCUCUGCUAGGAGAGACCCAGGUCCUGGCUGAGGUUCUCAACAUGAGGGGAAGCGGUGUUGUCACCGUGGGCGUCCUAGCCAGUACCCACAAACCCCUGGUGCCCGGAGGCUCAGACGGCUGGCAGACGACGGUGUUACUGUACAACAGUGACGACAGCGACGCGUCCACCGACACGGAUGAUGUCACAGUGAGGGUCAAAGGUCUCCCCCCACAGAAGGGUCUCAGGUACGUCACGUACUACAUGGACAACAACGUUAGCAGCCCAUAUCAGCAGUGGCAGAACAUGGGCCGCCCGGUCUAUCCCACACCCCAGCAGUUCAGACGACUCAGACAAACGGAGGACCCCCGUGUCGAUGGACCCUGGGACGUUCCUGUAGGAGAACCUCUGACGCUGAAGGCCAGGCUGCCUGUUCCCUCGGUCCUCCUCGUCCAUGUCUGUGCUCGGCCCACAGCUGCGCCGGACCAGGUCAAUGGACUUCGCUUCAUUAAGGUCACCAAAGGUCAAGUCCUGAUCGUGUGGUCGAGUCACUGUGACAACUCCAAGUGCAUCGGUACAUACGAAGUCGAAUUCUCGUCCGAUCGACAGAGCUUCCGCAGGAUCAACGACCGUGACAGUGUUUUCACUUCGUACGUUUUCUCACCAGUGGACGGCGAGGUGGACGGUCUGUAUAGAGUCCGGGCCGUGGACUACUGGGCCAGACCUGGACCGUAUUCUCUGCCAGAGAAGUAUUUGGAGGCGCAGUAGAAGAAAAUGAAAUACUGCAGUAAUACACAAAUUCAGAUCUAUUUCUGGUUUUUUUUUAACUUGAUUUUUUUUUUCUACAGAUCAAAAUGUUUUAUAUUAAAGUUCUGAACCAAGGUCUGAACCUCAGCUGUUUUUUUGUUUUUUUGGAAAUUACUUAAAUGUUCACAGUCAUAUGAAGACAAACACAGCAGUGAUUGUAGACUUCUGUAUUAAUGACAAGGUUUAAAAAAUAAACAACACCUCAUGAGGGUGAAAUUACAGCUGACAUGGAAAUUAAACUGUUCUAUGUCGGAAUAAAGAGGAGUCCGGGAACUGGUCCAACACGUCCACAGUACUGAACGGACCAGAACCCGGGUUUAACAUUGGCGCCUCCAGA